CUUCUGUGUUUUUUCUGUGAAGUCUUCUGCGGUCAGCUAGGUGUUACUUCUUUGCUCUAAUAUGCGCCCUAGUAAAGAAAGCAACAUAAUGUCCAUCAAUUCAGGUCUCUCUGGGUCACACAGGGCCGGGAGAAUGUCCAAGACCCUUUUAACUUGAUCCCGGAGCUCUGAUUCCAUAUCUGGUGGUCCUUAGUUCUUGGGCCAUCCACUCAUGAUGCGUUUACAAAGAAUAGCAGGGGAGAUGAAUGGGAAAUAUCUGGAUGAGGAAAAUACAUCCAAACAAUAAAUGUAAAGAAGAAAUAAAACAGGUCAUUUUGUGAGAUCAUAGAAAUUUGGGUAGACAGAAAGUAAGAGUAAGGGAAGCUGAAGAGAUCCCCAAACCUUAGAGACUAAUGGCUUCAUCCUGCUGAGACAAAGUGUAUCUUCAAAAUUUUCCAUGUUAAAGUUUCAAAGAUAAUGAACUGCUCAUUGACUGGUGAGCUUCUUCACAAACACUUGCCUUGGAGGACUCCUCUCUUUAGUGCCCUCAACUCCUUUCCUUGUUCCAACCAAGCAAUCAGACUGGGUUUGAACAGUUGAUACCCAGUCCAUGGGUAAAGGUGUAUUAAUGAGAAAGGCUCAUGGAAGAAAGGACAAACCUUCCUAUGAAUCAGGAAAUCUAUUUCUAAUGAAAGCAGUAAAAAUAUUUCAAAAGGACUGAAAAGGCAAACAUCUCUUUCUGUGCAAAAAGAAUGUUUAUCUCUGACCCCUGAAAGCCAAACUCACACAUAUAUACACACAUUUGCAAAGAACUAUGACUAUUCAAAUAGGAAAUGAGACAAAGAAAUCUUUGUUCUGAUGGGGAAACCACUAGAGCAGUGGUUCUCAAACCUUGGAGUACAUCACAAUCAACUGAAGUGCUUAUUCAAACACAGAAGAUGGGGAAACAAGCCCAGCUUUAAAAUUUAAGUAUGUCAAAAGUGGAGUCUGAGAAUGUAAAUUCCUAACAGAGUGACGGUAUUGCUGUUGGUCCUAGGAACACAUUUACAGAACAACCACAGCAGAUUAAAACCCUAUUAGUACAGGGACUAUGUAUCUGUUAUAUCUCAUUAUAUUCAGAUUUGGCAUCACCAAUGCUGGAACACAGUAAGUAUAUAAUCUACAUCUGUUCUCUAGCAGGUGAUGAGGAAUGAUGGCAGCCUUACCUACUGUGACCAGGUUCUGAUAGUUCUCCAGCAUCACAUCUCUGCAUAUGUUUCUCUGAGUGAGGUCCAGUAAUGUCUACUCCACCUGGGUGAAGUCCACAGCCACAUUGUCAAAGGUCACUGAGUCCUAAACUAUCACACACAUGCUGGUGUUAGCUAUGAAAUACCUCCACCAAUGUUCAAUGGGUAAUGAGGACAGAAGACCCAAUACCUACACAGGGUUAUGACUUCUCUCAUUGUUUUCCCAAGUUUCUAUGAUUCUAUGUACUUUUUUCUAUCUAGACUCACUCACUGCUGAUCUCCUCCAAUCAUAUGUCUUUGAUGGCAUCUCUUAAACAUGACCUUAUUUCAGCAUAACCAAAGUAGGAGGUCUUCUUAUCUUAUUUCCCUCUAUUGCAGCAUACUCCUGAGUACACUACAGACACUUGAUAAGUGUAGAAUGACUGAAUUCUUCUAGACAGGGACACUUACAUCUUGUUUACCAUCUGUCAGAGCACGCAGCGAGUAAGAAACAUGCAGUUGGCAUCCAUGUGGUUCAAGAUUGAUUACUGAGAUUAUUUUCUGGCUUUUUUGCUUUAGGUAUCUCUUGACACAGGUAUGCCUAGAAGGAAUGGACCCACCUGGUGGAAUUAGUACACAACCAAGUGAAGGUGAAGAUUAUCACUGUUUGAGAGGAUGAUUUUGGAAGAAACUACGUCAACACUUGAUGUGACAAGUGCUUUAAAUCUAAAGUUAUUGUAUGCAUCCUGGCGUCUGUGUCUGACUCUGUCUUCCUGCCAGUCCUGAGAACAGAGCCUGAGCCUUCAUCAUUCACCAGUCUUGGGAAGAGUGAUGGAUCAUCAUUCCUUUGUUAUGCCACUGCAUAGAGGCAGCACAGUCCAAUGUCCAAGUUACACAGAACCAUGGAAUCUAACACAUGUCUCAGAAUUCUUCCUCAUGGGCCUCUCAGAAGAUCCAGAACUGCAGCCUUUGCUCUUUGGGCUGUUCCUGUCCACGUACUUGGUCACCAUGUUGGGGAACCUGCUCAUCAUCCUGGUGAUCAGCUCUGACUCCCACCUCCACACCCCCAUGUACUUCUUCCUCUCCAACCUGUCCUUGGCUGACAUUGGUUUCACCUCCACCACAAUCCCCAAGAUGAUUGUGGACAUCCAAACUCACAGCAGAGUCAUCUCCUAUGUGGGCUGCCUGACUCAGAUGUCUAUUUUUACUCUUUUUGGAUGUUUGGACAGUCUCCUCCUGACUGCCAUGGCCUAUGACCGGUUUGUGGCCAUCUGUCACCCCUUGCACUAUCCAGUCUUCAUGAACUUCCACCUCUGUGGCUUGUUACUUUUAGUUUCUUUUUUCAUCAGUCUUUUGCACUCCCAUCUGCACAGUUUGAUGGUGUCACAACUUGCUUUCUUCAUGGAUGUGGAAAUCCCUCAUUUCUUUUGUGACCCUUCUCAGCUAUUCAACCUUGCCUGUUUUGAAAUCUCCACCUAUAACGUAUUAAUCUAUUUCAUUGGUGCCAUUUUUGGUGGUGUUCCACUCACAGGGAUCCUUUUCUCUUAUACUCGAAUUGUUUCCUCCAUUCUGAGAGUCUCAUCAACAGAUGGGAAGUACAAAGCCUUCUCCACCUGUGGCUCUCAUCUGUCAGUUGUUUGCUUAUUUUAUGGAACAGGCGUUGGAGUGUACCUCAGUUCUGCUGUUUCACAUUCUGCUAGGAAAGGUGCGGUGGCUUCAUUGAUGUACACUGUGGUCACCCCCAUGCUGAACCCCUUCAUCUAUAGCCUGAGAAAUAAGGACAUCAAGAAGGCCAUGCAGAGGCUCUUCAGAAGAACAGUCUAAUCUCAAUACUUGUGCCAUUUUUUCAGUGUGUGGGUUGAAAAAGCCAGCAAAACCAAACAUCUGGAAUUUGAAAUCUUACCCAUUUGGUUUCAUAAUUUUUGUAGCUCUUGUGCCUUUCAAUCCUCUGGAUGUUUCACAUGUGAAUAUUGCUUCAUUUGGUACAUCUUUAAUGGGGCUGAGGGAGUACUGAGGGAUGUUACCCUCAUUAUAACCACUGCAUGAUUAAAUCAUAUUACAGUUCUAGAGCCUUCUUUAUUUCCUAUUUAUGACCCAGGCAUGUUUAAGAUAUGUAC